AUGAUUACACAGUGGCUCAUUGGUCAUUUCAAGUCAUGCUUCGGUUUCCCCCAAGAUGAAGAUUCUCCCUACGGAGAAGACAUUACCCAUCCUGAAGAUAAAAUGACACUGAGAAUCAUCACAGCACGAAUGCCUCAUGAUAUUCAUCCCGAUUAUCAUCAGCUCGUGUUCACUACGAAGCUGGGGAACAGUUUUCAACAAUACACUCUAAGCGAUUUGAUGAAAAAACCUGACGGCCUUGACGCUCUGGACAAUUAUCCAUGGUAUCAGCUGCGCAAACGGGAUAUAGAGGACUACCUGAAAGAGGAAAUCAACAAAGACAAUCAUGUCAGGCCAGAGGACCAUGUUGUGUCAAUUGUUUGA